CAAAAUCCUGCACAGUCUCUUGAUUUUAUUCGAAAGGUGAGGUUUUAUUUUCUCAAGCACUUAAACCCUCUAAAAAGCACAAUAUUUGGAAAAAAAUAAAUAUUUUUUAAUUUCUUGAGGAAUAAAAGAAAACAAUUCUGCCGUUUUAUAAAACUGUAUUUUGUGUUUUAUUUAAUAAAUUUUAUGUCAAAUAAAUUUGUUCACUUAUUGUUACAAUAAUCAAAAAAAAAAAAAAAACUGUUACAGUGGUUGUAGUUGUUUUUUAUAUUAAACACAAAUAACAACAACAAUUAAAAAGUAGUAAAUUCCAAACGAACAAGUGUCACAAAAAAUAAAUGAAUAAAUAAAAUCGAAAUAAAAAAAAAUCACAAAUAACGGUGAAUGAAAUUUUUACGUUUUUAAAGCUGAAUGUAUUGAAAUGUGUGCCUGUGACAGAGUUUAGUUUGUUGUCGCUUCUUUUAAUAAAACGUGCGAAUUAAUUUCAAAAGUCUUAGAAAAACUACUAAAAAUGUGCCAUUAUUAAUAAAAAGUUUUAAAGAAAUACUGAGUAAAAAUAAAUAAUAUUUGGGCCGCAAACUAUAACCAGUUUUUUAACAUUUGUGUAAAGUAUUAUGUGCGAAAAUCAAAAUUAUUGCAAGGAAAAGAUAUCAAAACAAGGCAUAAAAUUUGCAUCAUUCAAAGGCUAGAACAGAUAGUCAGCUACAGCUACAUCGUGCUACAGGGACACAGCCUGAGACACGAGACGUGUACGUACGUAAUAUACAUUGUGUGAGAAAAAACACACACUCUCACAUAAAUAAAUAAUAAAUGUUCCUUCAAUGAUGAAACCACCAAAGCAAAUCUAAACCAGACAUUUGCUACAUACAAUACAGAGGAAAAAAGUCAACAACAAUAACAAUAACAACAAUUCCGAGAAAAGAACAACAAAACAAACAACGACAGGAUAACAGCAGAGCGAAAAAAACACAAGAAAAGUUAUAAACAUACAAGGACUAACAACAUAAAACAUGUUGAGGUUGUAAAUAAAACUUCACGUAUCAAACUCAAACAAUAUUUGAGAAAAAUCUGUACAUGGUUUUUGUUUUAUUUUCCUGCUUCAUUUUUGUAUACAUUACGGAAGCGGAAGUGUUCUAAAGGAGAGCAUUUCUAAAGUGCUGAUGAGCGAGCGGCAUUUGCAAAAAGGUCUGCACACAACGAAUACACGAAUAACACACAAACACAAAUACACACGUAUGGAUGGAUAAAUUUAUUAUUAAAUAUUAAAAAACAGCUGUUUUUACAUCGUGCAUGUUGUUUUCGUUGUCGUCAUCAUCAGUCGUCGUUAUCAUACGAAUCCGGUCUUUAGUUGUGUAUGUAGUAGUAAAUACAACUGUUCGUUGUUUUUCCUGAAAAACGCCGGUUUUAUACGAAUUGUUGUUGUUGUUGUCGUUUUUUUCUUUUUCAUUGUUUUGGUAUUGUUCCUGUAUAUGUACGAACACAAGAGUUCGAGUGAGUGUUCAUAGUACGUUUUACAAGUCCCCAUUGACACCCAAUGUGAGUAGCUGCUGUUGAUGUACGUUCAUUUUAUCCUAAAGGGACAAGUUCCUCUCUCAUACUAGGACUCUCGAACAUACAGACACACACACCCAAAAACACAAAAGUCACACAACAACAUACACACAUACUUUUAAACUCACUAGAGGAGAGGCAAAAUAUAAACCAACAAAACCAGUAAAACUCCAACUCAACUUAUUUUGUCUUUUAAUCUAACGAUAUCGGUGGAAAAAAGUGUGGAAAUUGUAUUUUUAUUCAAAACAAUGCCUUCACUGCAACAGUUCAAUUCAAAUGAAUCCUCUUCGUCUCCUUGCAAUUCCUCAUUAAGUUCAGUUACGGCAACAACACUAACACCAACAACAACAUUAACAACAACAAACACUAUGAGAUCUCCAACAUCUUUAACAACCGAUACUGUGACGGUUGCUGCCGCUGCUCAUGCUGCUGCUGUUAGUGCUGCCGUAGGUACAGAACUAUUACAACAACAUUCAAUUAAUUCCAUAAUUGAACAACGUCAAGACUUUCUAACAGCAGCUGCAACAACAACAACAAGACAUACAAAUGAUGCCAAUAACACUUUAUCGAAUACAACAGCAUCAACAAUAUCAGCAGCAUCAUCGGAUACAUUAACCUCAACAUUAAAUGAUCCCUUAGCAUUGACAGCAGAAUUUCUUGGCUUGGGCACUCGUUCAACUAAUCCAACUAAUACAGCACUGACAAGCAAUAUAUUGCCAUUGGCUAAUGUAGGCGGCAAUGUUGCUGUUGGUGGUGGUGUAGACAACAAUAGUUGUAAUGGCAGUGGUAUUGGUAUUAGUAUUGGUAGUGUCGUUGGCGGAUGUGGUAUUUCCUCUACAAAUCUAGAGGCAUUAAACACUACUAACACCAACUCAAACUCAUUGGCAGCUGCUUAUAUGCCUCUAACACCCAGUUCAACACAAUCCUCUAUAUCGCCCGGUACCACGACCAGCAAUACAUUCGAUAUGUUUCAGUUUGAUAAUAUUGCACCACAACACCAACAAAAUACACCUUUAAAGGUUUUCCAAAGAAACAUCAGCUUCGAUUGUUCUGCACCUUUAUCGCCAAGUACGCCUACAUCUCUUUAUAAUAACUCUUUCCAAAGUUCACCUUUAGUCAGUGAUAGCAGUAAUUCGUCUUCAGCUAAUGGUUUAUCUUUGGAUUCCAUACCCAUGGUUUAUCAAAAUGGCUACACAAAUGGAUUGACUUCGACACGUUCUACUUCCCCCGAAAGUCAAAAUAGCAAUCAAUCAAAUGAAAAUAGUUUAAUUGAUAUGAUGAAAUUUCUAAAUGUCAGCAACAAUCAGCAGACACAACAGAAACUACUGCAACAGCAGCAACAGUUUCAAUUUCAAAAUAUACAACAUCAGCACCAACAGCACCAACAGCAACGUCAAAAACAACAUGAAACGUACUCAACAACAUCCGAGUUUGAAAAUUCCACAAAUCGUUCAUCACCAGCUACAAAUCUCUUUGAUGAACAAAACUUAGAAAACUUUGAGGCUCUCUCCGCUUUUGAUAUGGAACUAUCUAAAUUACAAGCCUUAAAUGCUGUAACUCUUUUACAAGCCCAACAGCAACAAGUGCCAUUGUUGCAAAAUCUAUUGCAAACUUACAAUACCAUAAAUCAACUGCAAAAUUGGCAAUUGCAACAACAUCAAUCGCAUCCCCUACAGCAUCAACAACAACAACAACAGCAGCAACAACAACAAACUAAUGGAAAUUUUAACAAUGCUCUAAAUGCCAAUACCAAUGGUUCUGAUGCUUAUUUGGAUCGUGUGGCUAAAUUCUAUAGGGGAUCGGCUGCAUUUUGUGAGCCCACCUGCACCUGGAGUGGCCAAUUGCCAGCACGUUCUCAUCGUUUGUAUCAGUUUUCGCCGAAAGUAUUUUUGGGUGGCAUACCUUGGGAUAUAAGUGAACAUUCGUUGAUACAGAUUUUUAAGCCAUUCGGACAGAUUAAAGUUGAAUGGCCAGGCAAGGAACAGCAGGCCGCCCAGCCCAAGGGUUAUGUUUAUAUUAUUUUCGAAUCGGAUAAACAAGUCAAGGCUUUACUUUCCGCCUGCGCUGUGCAAACAGACGAUCCUCAUAGUGGCUGUGGUAUUUUCUUUUUUAAAAUAUCCUCCCGGCGUAUUAAAGCUAAAGACGUUGAAGUUAUUCCCUGGCUUAUUGGCGACUCCAAUUUUGUCAAGUCUACUUCUCAGAAAUUAGAUCCUACUAAAACUGUAUUUGUUGGUGCCUUACAUGGUAAAAUGACCGCCGAGGCUUUGGCUAAAAUAAUGGAUGAUUUAUUUGAUGGAGUAUUAUAUGCUGGUAUUGAUACCGAUAAAUAUAAAUAUCCCAUCGGCUCGGGUCGUGUCACCUUUAACAAUAAUCGUUCAUAUAUGAAGGCCGUUUCAGCAGCUUUUAUUGAGAUUCGAGCACCAAAAUUUACGAAAAAAGUGCAAAUUGAUCCAUAUCUUGAAGAUUCAUUAUGUUCAAUAUGUGGUGUACAACACGGACCAUAUUAUUGUCGAGAAUUAUCUUGUUUUAGAUAUUUCUGUCGCACUUGUUGGCAAUGGCAGCAUUCAACAGAUGCUGUUAAAUAUCACAAACCAUUAACUAGAAAUUCGAAAUCUCAAACAUUAGUGGGCAUUGGACCGGCUUCAUCAACCACCUCAUUGUCUUCGUUGAAUUCUCAACAGGCCAUAAAUUAUGGUGGCCAGCAGUUACAAAUACUACCACAAACACAACAACAACAACAUUUAUUGUCCUCUAUGUCACAAACGACACAGGAUUCAUCAAAUAAUCAUCAUCAGCAACAACAACAGCAGCAGCAAGCACAACAACAGCAGCAACAGGCAAACAUGCAACAAUUACAACCUCCACAACAAAUACAAACAAUACAAAAUGCUUUUCAUUUAUAAAGCAUUUCCGCAGAGAAUUAAAAUAAAACUGAAUUGAAUGAAAUGCAAUGCAAUGGAGAGAGUAAAUAAUAAAUGCUGGAGAAACAAAAACAAAUGAUAAAAACGUACGUGUAAUUUAAUUUUAAAUGCAUUGAAUUGAAUUGUAUAUGUAAAUUAUUAUAAAUAAUUUAAAUGGUGAUUAAUAUUUCGGAGUGAGUUACUGUUUGUGUUUCUUUUUUUUAUGGAAAAAUCUUUUUUUUUUUCAUUUUAUGUUUAAGUUGUUUAUUUGAUUUUUUGUUAUGGCAUUUAUCAUUAUUAUAUCAUUACAAAUGUAAUUCAUUAGAGAUGAGUGGGCAAGUACUUAAAUAAUAACUUGUUAAGUGCUAAAAUAUUUGCACUCAUCUCUGGUUCCUAUUACUAUAACAUAUCAGCAUUAUUUUAUUGAAAGCUGGCUUUCAAUUAAUAUUUAAAAAUUCAACUUUAUUAUAAUUGUGUUUUAAACAAAAAAAUAAUUUUAAAUGAAAUUCUUUUGUUUUAUU